AUGUUAAUAGAAAAAGCUAAUCAUGCUCAAACACAAGUACAACUUGUACCAUAUUGUGGAAUGGUCAAUCCUGAACAUAUGAAUCAAAUGAAUUGUGUACCUAUGGUUAUGAUGGAUGAUGAUGAUAAUGAAAAUCUUGAGAUAAGUUAUUUAGAAAAAUUAUUUCUCGAAGAUUUUCUUCGAAAAUCAAAUGAAUUUCGUCAAACCGAACAAAUUGAUUCGUUACCCAUUGAAAUUCGUCUUGGAACAGUUUAUACAUAUCAAAAUCGUCGUCAACAAAAUCAAUAUCCUGAUAGUUUAUAUUGUCAAAAUUUAAGUGUUGAUUCAUUACGUAACGAAGAACGACGUGCUCGUGAUGAUAAACAUUUUUUAAUUACAUUUAAUAAAAAUAAAGGUAUUAAUGAUAUUGAUCAGUUUGAACAUGAAUUAACUUGUACAGGUUUUCGUGAAACACAUAAUCAACAAUUAACAUAUCGUUUAUAUUUAUGUUAUGAAAAAAAACGUUUAAUACUUGAAUUAAAACGUGAAUUAAAUGAUCCAAGAUAUUUUUCUGUUAAACGUCUAUUAAGAUAUUCAACAAAAUUUACACAUAUUGAUGUUGUUAAAUCAAAAUAUACUUCAAAUUUUCCUAAAACAUUUGAUGAUAUAUAUGAUAUACGUACAUCAAUUGGUAAAGCAUUAGAUGAAGAAGAAUUACAUAUCAAUGAUGGUUAUUGUGAUUUUCUUCAUAUAAAAGAUCUUGAAAAUUGUGUGUUUGAAACAAUAUCAUGUAAUGGACAAUUUAUUUACCAUUUUAAUCGACAUUUAGUACCAUAUUUUGAUUUUUUUCAAAUAAAACAAACACGAACAUUUGAUUAUUCAUGUAUGGAUAGUCGAUUUUUUGGUGUAAGAAUUCUUAUUGAACAACAAACAGGUUAUGAUUUAAAUUCAAGUGCUAAAACAACAACACCCUGUUUACAAACAAAUAAUGUUAUUCUCGCUAAAUUACUUUCAAAUACUUUUACGGAAGAAGAAGCAAAACGAAUUUGGACAAUAGGUGCAUGGCUAUCAGAUUUAUCAACAAGAUGUACAAAUCGAUUUUUACCUGCAAAUAAAAUAUCCUGUCGACGACCUGGGCGUACUACAACACAUCGACGUGCCGUCAGAUAA